CUCUUGCAUUUUCCCCUGGGAGAGAGAAAGGAAUUGAUAGCAAAUUGAUCCCUCUGGUUGUAUUGGAAUCUGUUGAAUUGGAUUCCUUUUGUUUUGAGAUUUUGAGAUGAUUUUGUGUUCAAUUCAUGAUAGAAGUUGAAAUUUGGGAUCCAUUUAGUUUGAUCUUUGAGGGGUGGGAUGAGGGUUUCCAGGUUAGGAGCUAGUUGGAACAGAAAGGGGAAGAGUUUGGUUCGUUCAGGGUCUUAGAUUUGUUCUUUCCGCAGGUUAGGCUUGAAUGCAUUGGGGUUUUUAAUGGGAUUAGUAAGGGUCAAUUUUGAUGUGGGAAUUCAUAAGGAAGGGUUGAUAAUAAGGACUUGAGAAUUGGGAAAUUUUGAUGGGGAACACAUGUGUAGGACCAAAACUUCAGGGUAAUGGAUUUUUGCAAUCUGUUACGCAAGCUUUCCGAGGCCACCCACAGGAUGGCAGGUUAAAUCCAACUAAGGAAGAGGGCAGUGACCAGAAAAGUGAACACAAUGCGGGUUCUGAUGGAUCCAAAUCCAAAGCUUCUGAUGAUUCUAAAGGUUCCAAUGCUCAAAUGUUGGUCCAGAACACACCUCCUGAACCUGUGAAGAUGCAGGAUGGAGAAGCUAAGCCAGAUGGACAUGAUAGAGAAGUGAAGGAGCAAGAGAGUAAGGCUUCAGAUCUUUCAAAUGCCAAAAAACCUCAUAUGAAGAGGGUGUCAAGUUUAGGACUGCAACUGGAGUCAGUGUUAGGAAGGAAAACCGAGAAUAUGAAGGAAAUAUAUAGCCUUGGGAGGAAGUUAGGGCAAGGACAGUUUGGGACAACAUUUUUAUGCAUAGCGAAAGCCACUGGAAAGGAGUUUGCUUGUAAAUCCAUUGUGAAGAGGAAGUUGACCACCGAAGAGGAUAUUGAGGAUGUUAGGAGGGAGAUUCAGAUAAUGCACCAUUUGGCAGGUCACCCUAAUGUUAUACAAAUUGUGGGUGCGUAUGAGGAUGCUGUUGCAGUUCAUGUGGUUAUGGAACUUUGUGCAGGUGGAGAGCUUUUUGAUAGAAUUAUUCAGAGAGGGCAUUAUACCGAGAGAAAGGCAGCUGAGCUUGCCAGAAUUAUAGUUGGUUUUGUGGAAGCUUGCCAUUCUUUAGGUGUUAUGCAUAGAGACCUAAAGCCUGAGAAUUUCCUCUUCAUCAACCAUGGAGAGGAGUCUCCACUUAAAACAAUUGAUUUUGGACUCUCAAUGUUUUUUAGACCAGGUGAAACAUUCAGUGAUGUGGUUGGGAGCCCCUACUAUGUGGCUCCAGAAGUGUUGCGGAAGCAUUAUGGUCCAGAAUGUGAUGUAUGGAGUGCAGGAGUAAUUAUUUAUAUUUUACUUUGUGGGGUCCCUCCAUUCUGGGAUGAAACGGAACAAGGCAUAUUUGAGCAGGUUUUGAAAGGUGAGCUUGAUUUCGUUUCAGAACCAUGGCCUAGCAUCUCUGAUGAUGCGAAAGAUCUAGUUCGAAGAAUGCUUGUGAGGGAUCCUAAAAAGCGGCUGACAGCCCAUGAAGUUCUUUGCCACCCUUGGGUUCAGGUGGAUGGUCUUGCUCCUGAUAGACCUCUUGAUUCUGCUGUCCUGUCCCGCUUGAAGCAAUUUUCAGCUAUGAACAGGCUAAAACGAAUAGCAAUAAGAGUCAUUGCUGAGACACUCUCGGAAGAGGAAAUUGCAGGCUUAAAACAAAUGUUCAAGAUGAUAGAUGUAGAUAAUAGUGGACAUAUCACACUAGAGGAACUAAAGAAUGGUAUGGAAAGAGUGGGUGCUAAUCUCAAGGAUUCUGAAAUUAUCCACUUAAUGGAAGCGGCAGAUGUUGAUAACAAUGGCACCAUUGACUACAGUGAAUUCAUAGCAGCCAUGCUCCAUCUAAACAAGAUCCAGAAAGAGGAUCAUUUGUAUGCAGCCUUCUCAUACUUUGACAAAGACGGGAGUGGAUACAUCACUCAAGAUGAGCUCCAACAGGCUUGCCAGCAUUUUGGCUUGGAAGAUAUUCAUUUGGAAGAGAUAAUACGCGAAGUUGAUCAGGACAAUGAUGGGCGCAUUGACUACAGUGAGUUUGUAGCCAUGAUGCAGGACACUGAUUUUGGCAGGAGGCACAAAGUGUGACUUAAGUAUGGGAUUCAAAGAAAGAACAAUUUAAGAAUGGAAAUCUGAUUUUGUUAUUCCAAGACUGCCAAAUUGAAAGAUUAAAUGAACGUUCUAACUAGAUUUCCCACUUUAUAACUUCACAGAAAUUGGAGUCCAUCACGCUGUAAAGAUAUAUAUUGCCAGGCUCCUGAGAGAAUCCAUUUUUGUUCAUUUUCUCUUAGGUACAUCAAAUUAAGUUUAGAGGCCAAAUUCUGGAUUUGGAGAACAGAAAUGUUGUUCAUGAUAAGCUUUUUAUUUUUUUAUUUAUUAUUAUUUUUUAUGAUAAACAAGUUUUGGUAUU